AUGCAUUUGAUAGUGGAUGCUAAAUUAGCUUCUUAUGGCGUUGAGAGUCCUAUCUAUGCUGUUGUGCAGCUGGCUCAGACCACAAUGCGUAGUGAGCUUGGUAAGAUCACGCUUGAUAAGACCUUCGAGGAAAGAGAUACUCUGAACGAGAAGAUAGUGGAAGCCAUCAAUGUUGCUGCAAAGCAUUGGGGUCUUCAGUGUCUUCGUUAUGAGAUAAGGGAUAUCAUGCCCCCGCAUGGUGUGAGGGUUGCUAUGGAGAUGCAAGCUGAAGCUGAGCGUAAAAAGAGAGCCCAGAUUCUUGAGUCUGAAGGAGAAAGGCAAGCCCAUAUCAAUAUUGCUGAUGGUAAGAAAAGCUCUGUAAUCUUGGCAUCGGAAGCAGCAAAGAUGGACCAGGUGAAUCGAGCACAAGGUGAAGCUGAAGCAAUACUAGCUAGAGCACAAGCAACUGCUAGAGGCCUUGUCUUGUUAUCUAAGUCUCUCAAUGAAACUGGGGGAGUAGAGGCUGCAAGUAUGAGAGUUGCAGAGCAAUACAUUCAAGCCUUUGGUAACAUUGCCAAGGAGAGUACGACAAUGUUGCUUCCAAGCACUGCUUCAAAUCCUGCUAGCAUGAUCGCACAAGCUUUAACAAUGUACAAAAGCCUUGUCAACAAGGGUCCAAGCAGCGAGCAACAAGAAACAGCAGCAGUGGAAGGAGACUGGGAAGACACGGAUGAGAAAGAAACAUCAGAAGGCUCUAAAAACCGAUCAGGCGACACAGAGAAACCACUGUUUUCUCUUCAGAGUCACACCAAGGAGCCAUAG